CUGAGUGGAAUAUGUUCCUCUACUUGGAAGAAAUGGAACAAAGGGGGAUCGGAGCACGGAGAGAGCUGCGGAACUGGUUCGUCUUUGUGUUCAUUUUGGAGGUUCUGUGGACCGGAGCCUCCGCUCAGAUCCGAUAUUCCGUUCAAGAGGAGGUGCAAGUGGGAACUGUGGUGGGAAACCUAGCGAAGGAUUUAGGCCUCGAUAAGAGUGCGCUGAAAGAGAGAGGAUACCGCGUCGUCACCGGGUCCAGCGAUCCGUUCUUUCAGCUGAAUCAAGACGACGGGAUCUUAUAUGUGAAAAAGACAAUAGACAGGGAGGAGGUGUGCGAACGCAGCGUUCCGUGUUUGAUCAACCUGAAAACCAUGCUGGACAACCCGCUAGAGAUCCACUACGUGACUGUGGAAAUACUGGAUAUUAAUGAUAACUCGCCCGUUUUUCUAGAAAAAGAAAAACAUCUAGAAAUAUCCGAGUCAGCUUUACCAGGAGCAAGAUUUCAACUUCAGGCAGCGAAGGAUCACGAUGUUGGUCAGUAUUCUGUUCAUCAAUAUAAACUCAGUCUGAACGAAUAUUUUAAAAUCGAAAUCAAAGACAGAGGUCAGGACCGGAAAAUUCCAUUUUUAAUCCUUCAAAAGCAGUUAGACAGAGAGACGGUGGCUCAACACAAGCUCCGCCUGAUCGCAGUUGAUGGAGGGAAACCAGCCAAUUCAGGCUCAAUCGAUAUAAUUAUAAAUGUGCUGGAUGUUAAUGACAAUUCACCAGUGUUCAGUAAAGAUGUUCUCACCGUGUCUCUGAAUGAAAACGUUCCUGUGGGCACAGUCGUGUUUCAAGUGAACGCUACAGACCCGGACGACGCCGCGAACGGCGAGGUUGUUUAUUCAUUUGGUGAUGAGGUUGAUGCUAAAUUGAUGGAGCUUUUUGAUAUUGAUCCAAAUACUGGAGAAAUAAAAGUAAAGGCUGAGAUUGAUUUCGAGGAAAGCAUCACUUAUGAGAUAGAUAUUAAAGCAUCAGACAAAGGACCAGUUCCUUUAACAGCUGAUAAAAGUGUGAUUAUAAAUGUAGUUGAUGUCAAUGAUAACGCUCCUGAGAUAGAAGUCACGUCGCUAUUCACCUCCAUCAAGGAGGAUUCAAAGACUGGAACAACUGUGGCUCUGAUCAGUGUGAGAGAUUUAGACUCAGGUUUGAAUGGAAAAGUCAUGUGUUCCAUCAACCAAAAUAUUCCUUUCAUGUUGUCUCCCUCAUUACAAGAAAACAUGUAUGCAAUAGUGACCAAGUCGCACUUGGACCGAGAAAUUAUUUCUAACUAUGACGUCACUAUAACGGCACAUGAUGCAGGCGAACCGUCAUUUUCAGCUAAAAAGACCAUCAAUGUUGUUGUGUCGGAUGUGAACGACAACAGUCCAGAGUUUUCACUGACACCCUACACUUUUUACUUAAAUGAGAACAACAGCCCUGGAGCUUCAGUGUUUUCUGUGAAAGCAUCUGACAGUGAUGAAGGCGAUAAUGCUUUAAUAUCAUAUCACAUUUCAAGGGAUGCAAAUGUCGACAGUAAGUUAGUGUCCUUUCUAAAUAUGAACCCUGAGACUGGAGUGAUCACUGCGCUGAAAAGCUUUGACUUUGAGACGGUGAAGAGUUUCCAGUUCCAAGUUGUGGCCACAGAUUCUGGAAGUCCGUCACUGAGCAGCAAUGUGACAGUGAACGUGUUUAUCCUGGAUCAGAACGACAACCCUCCAGUCAUCCUGUAUCCAGUCAACUCCAACGGUUCUGCUGAAGGUGUGGAGGAGAUUCCCCGCAAUGUGAACGCAGGACACUUGGUGACUAAAGUCAGAGCUUAUGACGCUGAUGUAGGUUACAACGGCUGGUUACUGUUUUCACUGCAGCAAGUUUCUGACCACAGCCUCUUUGGUUUGGACCGCUAUACGGGACAGAUCAGAACUCUCCGCUCGUUCACAGAGACAGACGAGGCGGAACAUAAACUGGUCAUACUGGUCAAAGACAAUGGGAACGUGUCUCUCUCAGCAACAGCUACUGUGCUGGUCAAAGUUGUGGAGCCCAAAGAGGCUUUUGCUGCUUCUGAUGUGAAAAGCUCAGCAAAAGUGGAUGAAGACACGGAUGUGACUUUUUACCUGAUGAUCACUUUGGGCUCAGUUUCAGUCCUUUUCAUCAUCAGUAUCAUCGUGUUGAUCGCAAUGCAGUGCUCCAAAUCCACAGACUACACUUCUAAAUAUCUGCAAGAGACCAACUAUGAUGGAACUCUGUGCCACAGCAUCCAGUACAGAUCUGGAGACAAGCGCUACAUGCUAGUUGGACCCAGAAUGAGUAUUGGAUCUACUAUAGUUCCUGGCAGCCAUGCCAACACUCUGGUGCUGCCUGACAGGAGGAGGCCUUCUGAAGAGGUAGGAUGGUGCUCUGAAUUUCUCUCAAUGCUGUCUGAACAAGGAUGAUCGCUGUCCUUA